UGGUAUUACAGUGCGGUGUAGGGUGGCCCUGACUCAUUGACACCUGCCAUAACCAGGGAGAAGGUACAUACAGGCGGAGUGAAAACCUUUUUCUGGUCGGAACAAUAAGAGUAAUUAAAAGUCUACACUCCAGUUUCCAUCAGGGAGCCUCAUUCGUCAGUUUUUUUUUCAUUGGUAUGUACAUGAUAGUAUAUGAGAAGAAACAGGAUUCAUGUACACCGAUAACAUUAAGGUAGUUAUGCCAGUGCCGCCUCCGCCUCCACCACCACCUCCACUUGCUCCCCCUCCACCAGGGGCUCCACCACUACCUUCUGCACAUGUAGAACUUCCCAAACAAAAUACAAACGAGCUAACAGGGCGGAAUGCUUUGCUAAGCGAUAUCCACAAAGGAGUACGGUUGAAAAAGGUGACACAAAUCAAUGACAGGAGCACCCCAGUCAUUGACAAACCCAAGAAUGGGUGUGGUGCAGGAGCUGUGGGUGGAGCAUCAACACAGCCUACAGUGGGUGCUGGCUUGUUUCAGGAAGGAUUUCCUGUUCUCAGACCUGCCGGACAGCGAGAUACUUCAGAAAGAGGUUCCAAACCAGCUGUUCAAACUUUCAGUAUGAAAGUCUCACCAUCAAGACUCUCGGUCCAGAACGAAAGUGCCAGAAAUGAGAAAAAUGCAUUUAAGCAACCUGAAUGUCCAGAACCCUUUGAUUUAUCUAAAGGUCAAAAGACAGUUCAAAACCAUCUUAUCAUGUCUGCCCUUAUACCCCUUUCAAGUCAGAAUAAAUCUCUGUCAACAUGUCCCUCUUCUACAUCUUCAUUCUCAUCUUCAUUCAAUAAUAAAUAUACAAAAAAUGCAAUAACAAUACAAUCACCUUCACCACCAGUUGCUCCUUCAAUUCCUCCCCCUCGUCCACCUAUACUUACAAAUGUUAAACCAUUUAAAUUUCAAUACAUACAACAACCACCAUCACCUCCUCCACCUCCUCCGCCACCAUCUCCACCACCUUCCUAUAAUUUUCAAGAGCAAGCUUCAGAUUUUAUAUUCCCUGCUCCGCCUCCACCUUCUAUACUUUAUAUUGAAGACUGUACUGAUUUUCCUCUGCCUCCUCCCCCACCACCUCCCUUACCUCCAGGCCCUGCCUUUACUCCCUGUAAUAAAACUGAAAAUGCUCUGCCACCACCUCCCCCUUUUUUGAAUAGUCUUGAAGUUCCGCCAGCCUUGCCGCCAAAACUACCCAGCUUUUCCAACAAGCCAAGUUUGUCCUCAAUAUCUCCUCCACCACCACCACCACCACCACCACUGCCGCCACCGCCACCACCACCACCUCCAUUCCCUGCCUACAGAUAUCCUGGGUCUAGUUCAUCAUCUGGGCAAAUGUCAUAUGGAACCCAGCUGGCUGGAAGGGAAGGUCCAGGGAGGUCUGGAGUACACAGUAAUGGUGGGAAACCAGCACCACCCCCACUGCCACCCGUUAGGUCAUCCAGUACGGAACUUACAAGCAGAAGCCAGCAUAUACCCGGCCUGACCUGGACAUCGCUGCACUCUGUUCCUCCCCCACCCCCACCGGCACCACUAGUACCACCACCACCUUUGCCACUUAAAGUUCGACAAGGAGCUUUGACUACACAGUCACCAAUCUAUGAUGACUUUGAGUCCAAGUAUAAUUUCCAUUCAGUUGAAGACCUUCCAUCUCCAGAUGAGUAUAAAUCAUUUCCCAGGAUAUAUCCCAGCAAGCAACCAAGAGUACAAGGCCACAGAGGGGAGCUGUAGAACUUUUACCACCAUUUAGACCGAGGUCACCUCAUCAUGUAAACUUCAAGCAGUUAGCAACAAAACUCAUCUGGCUACAACACCAUUAAGAUGAGUUGUUAAUUUCGCUGCUUGUGGUUGAGACCAUCCAUUGGAAGACAGCAUGUGACAUCACAGAAGAAAGAUGUUUCUGCCUUGAAUUUAUUAAAAUAGCUAUUCCUAAGUUAGUAAUAUGAAAACAAUUUUCUUCAUAUACUUGAAGAAACUUGCGUUCCUUUGUAAUUAAUAGUGACAGAAAUUGUUCCAUUGUUGAUCACAUUUAUCUAUAUCCUAGCAAAAUAGUUAAAAUCAUUAUAAAUUAACAUAAUAAUUGAAAUGUACAUUUCGAUCAUUAAAAAAAUUUAGAAGUGCUGUCUGGACCGAGUAAGGAUUAUUUUAGAUAAAUAGAUGUCAGGAAAUCUGAAUACUUCCAAUUGAAGAGAAUUAUUUGUGAAAAAUAUUAAAUGUUACUACGGAUUGGAAAUACUUCAGUUACAAUUUAUUGUUCCAUUGUUAGUAACACUUAAAUGGGAGUUUGUGUUUUUUUUAAUAUAAAUUUCAUGCACUCGCUCCUAGCUUUGGCAUUAGUUUAGCUUUUUGUGUUUUUUUAAGCAAUUAGGAUUUAACCUAAAUUUCUAUUCUUUUUUAAGGUGCUUUUACACAACUGAAUACCAAAAUAUAGUUUGGUUGUUGGUAUAUUCAGUAUUGUUCCCUGCAGGCGACAUUAUUACAUGUGGUUAAAUACAAGAGUUUUGUGAUGCCCACGUGUUUUGGAUUUGAUCCGUUAAAGGGUAAUCAAAAUUUAAUUCAGAUACUUAAUUUAUCCAAUCAUUCUAAUUUCAAUUUGUUGCUAUUUUUUAAAAAAAACUUUUCCAGCUUUAGUUAUAACUUUGCAACAUCAAUUGUUUGUUAAGUAUUACAAUCAAUUGUGUAAAUACUUUGACUUUGUUUAUCUCUGGUUGUGUAUUUCUUGCAAUAUGAAAUGCAAGAUGCCAAAGCCUGAUAAAUCUUACAUAGUUAUGUUCUUAAUGCAUGUAACUGUAAUUAGUGUCACAAGCCUUCAUUUCAUUUAACUGAAUUAGUCACCAAUGUAGUUUAGUGGAUACAUUGUUGUGGAAAUCCUGAAGCUGUGUUCUAUCACUUACUGUACCUCCAGAGGUUGCAAUGUAGAUUAUACCCUCUUCUUUUCCAGGAGUAACAUCAGUUGGUGUGGCAAGAACUUGCCCUUUUCUUUUACACUAUCAUUAAAAACUUCAUAGAAAACCACUUUGUUCAAUCAGGUUAACUGUUUGUUUUUUUAAAUGGUGAUCCCUCAACAAAAACUAUUGCUGAACAAUAGAUCCAACUCUGAAAGAAAAAUUGUCAAAGGUUAUUAUAUGUCUCUGUUAUGAUAGACUAGUUUUAAAAAACUAGCAAUUUUUCUUGAAGUUUUGCAUGCUAUUUCAGAUUCUCCCUGCACUCUAUAUAUGUUGCAAUCUUUAUUACAAAGAUUUGUAACUUUUUUACAAAGCAAUUUUUUUUUUUCUAGUUAGCUGUCAGUGAGAAUUUUUCAAUGUGAUUAAUUGAUUGUUUGGGUAGCCUGAUAAAUUCAUUGGGGAUACACAGCACUGAUCUUCAGUGAAGAGUGCUAUUAUCCACUGAAUCAUGAGAGGAGGCAAAUGGUCUUACAAUCUCUGCACUAAGACCUCCCAGUCAGGCUUAUGAGGUCAGUGGUGAACAGUCUUACUUCUCCAUAAUGCAAAAUCUAAGCUAAUAUUUCUUUACCUCACCUGAACAAUGUAUUAAAGGUGGAAAGUCUUUAAAGAUUAAAAAAGUAAUUAGUACAAAAUAAUUGAACUCAAGAUAUUCUAGACAAAAUUGCAGGAUUGUUUAUUCAGAAUACAAUGCAUUGAAUAUUCUGUCUAGCUGUAUUUUGCAGGUUUUAAUUUUCUAUGUAUAUAAGCAGUAUUAAAAACACAUUGAAACA